UUCCUCAGUUCGAGUGGCAGACUCACCGGGUCCAUCCUCAUUCUCGUUGUAUUCACCACCAAUAUAAUAUUGCAGAAGUGUCAACAUGAGAAAAUUAAAACUUUUUGUGUACCUGAGAGGUGUGAUCUCGUUUCAAAAUAAGCAAUGCACGAAAAAUAUCCAGUCUUUCCAUUCAGCAAGGACAGAAAUUAUGCAAUGGUCCAGGUCUCUCACUCAGGGGAGGAACUUGCUCUUCCUUCCCCAAGAACAACAAAUCAUACCCUGAAAUUGAAGGAAAUAAAUCGUAUUCCCUUAAGCCUAGUGUGCUGGCAAGCUUUUCAGCGGAGUAGACACGAGGGUAAAGGUCACGGGAGGUCAAGAUGGAAAGCUCGAGAAGUGGGCCUCUCGCUGGGGCUGGUCACCGCCUUCUGCUGGGACAUGAACAGAGAGAAGAACAUCAAUGAACGCGAAUUCCUCCUGGCGGCGAUGGUGGGGAAUAUUUCAAGGAUGGAGGAAUACCUAAAGAAGGGUGUGGAUGUAAAUUGUCGUCACCCAUAUGGCUGGACAGCACUUCAUUCAGCAGCUGCUAAUAGUCGUCCAGAAGCUGUGAGAUUCUUACUUAAAAAUGGAGCAGAUCCAAACAUGGCAGAUACUUUUUCAAAUAUAUAUCAGGUCGCACGUGAAAACAGGACAUCACCUGUAAGUGUUGAAGCGAUAAGAGAGGGUGAAUUUUGCACAUUGUUCAACCAUAGCCGCAUGUUCCGUGGGUGUACGGCCCUUCACUAUGCUGUACUUGCCAAUGACCCAGAGACUAUUCAGAUAUUACUAGAUUCUGGUGCCAACCCAAUGCUUGAAAAUGAAUAUCGCUUCAAACCAGAAGAUUACUCAAGAGAUACUGGAAUGAGGACGAUGAUGCAGAGGCAUUCCGAAAAAUAUAUUGCUAAGCAAAAGAAGGAAGAAAUGGAAGAACGAAGGAAAUUUCCUCUAGAACAAAGAAUCAAACAGAGAAUAAUUGGCCAAGAAGGAGCCAUAGCAACGGUAGCUGGAGCUAUAAGGAGGAAAGAAAAUGGUUGGUAUGAUGAAGAACAUCCACUUGUGUUCCUCUUCCUUGGUUCUUCAGGAAUAGGUAAGACAGAGCUGGCCAAGCAGGUAGCUGAAUACCUCCAUAAGGGGAAGAAAUCAUCUUUCAUUCGUAUGGACAUGUCAGAAUACCAGCAGAAGCAUGAAGUGGCCAAGUUCAUUGGUUCACCUCCUGGGUAUGUUGGGCAUGAUGAUGGAGGGCAGCUAACCAAGAAGCUGAGAGAAUGCCCCAAUGCUGUGGUUUUGUUUGAUGAAGUAGAAAAGGCACAUCCUGAUGUUCUUACCAUUCUGCUGCAGCUAUUUGAUGAAGGCAGACUGACGGAUGGAAAAGGAAAGACUAUUGAGUGUAAGGAUGCAAUCUUUAUCAUGACAUCUAACCUUGCAAGUGAUGAGAUUGCUGAAUAUGGAAGACAGCUGAGAGAAGAAGCUGAUAAAAUUAGCAAAGCUAGAUAUGAAAGGACAGCCGGAAGAUAUAGAAAUUACUGA